UUUAUACAAUUUUUAUUACAAUUUCUGAUUGGAAAUUUUUUUUUUAAAUUUUAAAAUAUUUAUCAAUUUCGUAAAUUUUUUAUUUGUACCAAAUCAUAAAUGUUAGAAAUUAAAUGAAUUCAAGCACUUUUAGUGAUUUGUGUAGCUCAUACACAAAUAAAAUUUUCAAUUCUCCGAAUUCGUUAUUAUGCAAAAUAAAGAGUACAAAUCAUGAACUUGUUGAACAAUGUAAAAGGGCUAUAGAAGGUUCACAACUAACUAAAGGUUUGAGAGACGAAUUAGAAAGUUUGCCUAGAGAAAUCAGACGUGAAAUCGUAAAGAAAGUGCGAAACGGAUGUGCUCCAUUGUUUUUGGUAUGCAAGAGAGGUUGCGUAGAAAUCGCGGAGUAUUUAGUAACAGUUUGUGAUGCUGAUAUUGAACAACGGGGACUUUACGAAGUUCCUGAAGAUAGGUCAUUUCAUUUUGGGACACCUUUGUGGUGCGCUGCAGUUUCUGGAAAGCUGGCAAUUGUAAAGUAUUUGGUUAGCAUUGGUUGCGAUAUUAAUGCGCCAUCGGAUUCAGGUUCUACCCCAGUUAGAAGCGCUUGUUUUAUGACUCAUAUUGAUAUAGUUGAAUAUUUAGUGGAAAAUGGAGCUGAUAUUAGUAAGCCAAAUAUAAAUGGUGGGACAUGUUUAAUAAACUCAGUGCAAUCAGUGUCUCUAUGCCAAUUCUUGAUUUCAAAAGGGGCAGAUGUGAAUGCCAAGGAUAUCCAAGAUAAAACCGCUUUACAUUACUCUAUUCAAGAGCAUAGAUUAGAAACAACUAAACUGCUAUUAGAAAAAGGAGCUGAUCCGUUUGCCAAAAGUCGUUCAGGGGAUGACGCAUUGCAAACAGCAUGUUUGAAAGGUGCUCAUCGAAUAUUUGAUUAUCUUAAAUCAAAACUACCUUAUCCACUUGAAAGACUUGCUGAUGCUCAUGAGUUGAUUGGAUGUACAUUUCUCGAUGAACAUAACGAAACACGCUUAGCCAUUUUGCAUUGGAGAUUGGCACUUCAUAUGCGACAUAGGGAUGAAGAUUUUAUCGAAAAAAAACCUGUUAUCCCAUUACGUGCUGCUUAUGGUUAUGCUACUGAAUUUAAAACCGCAGAGGAAUUAAAUAAUAUUUCAACAGACGUUGACGCUAUGCGUAUCCAAAGUUUGUUAAUAUGCGAAAGAAUAUUAGGAAUUAGUCAUAAAGAUAUGUUGUUUCGAUUAAUGUUUCGUGGGGCGUCAUAUGCUGAUGCGUUACGAUUUCAAAGAUGUAUUGAUCUCUGGCGUUUGACAUUAGAAAUUCGUAUUGAAAGGUUUUCAAUGCUAUAUUCUGAUACAUGUUUUACCGCCCAAGCCCUUGUACGUCUUAUGUUAGAUUUAUUUUCUCGAUAUAAUAAUUUAUCGCCAAAUGAUUUCAAUGAACAAGAGUUGCCAACUUUUAGCGAUGUACUAGCCGUUUUUUUAUUAUUAACAAAUGAUAUAAUGGAAGCACAGAAAUUGCUUCAAAUCAAGCCAGUUUUUCGUAAACAACAAGAAAAUUUUGAUCGUGUUCUUAAAUGCAUUACUCAUUUAAUAUAUUUAUUAAUUUGCAUUGCUAAUUCAAAAAGCGAAAAACAACUAGUUAUUCAAUCUGUUCAUGCCAUAAAUAGACAAAAAAUUAGAAGUGCAUGCACAAGUGAUUCUCUUUUACAUUUAUGUGUAUCUCGUUUAAAUGUGAUAAAAAGCACGUAUUUCACAGACGAAAAUAAUGUUAGAAGUAUAUUCCCAAAUUUUGAUGUAGUCAAAUUAUUAGUAGAGACUGGGUCUGAAAUUAAUGCAAAAAACGAAGCCAAAUCGACACCCUUACACGUAGCAUCUUUGCCAUACAAUUAUGAAAAUGAUAUUGUUUUAUAUCUUUUACAAAAUGGAGCUGAUCUUGAUCAACCGAAUAAAUCAGAUGAACGUCCAAUUAAUAUGAUAGCUAGCAAUCCGCUCAAUAAAAUUCCAUUAAUGAAUUUUAUAAAUUUAAAAUGUCUUUCAGCAACAAUAAUCAAUAAAUAUCGUAUACCAUAUAGAAAUCAAAUACCAAAAUGUUUAGACGAUUUUGUUAAGCAGCACGAAGUUUAAAAUAUCUAGCACUUUCAUUUUUUUUUUUUUUAUAAAUCAUUAUGAUACAAUUAAAUAUCAAAUUAAUAACGUCAUUUAACAUUACUAAAUCAUUAUAAUAAUCUAUAUUUAUUUUUUUAAUAUAUUUAUAAGUAACAUUAUAAACUUUAAAGACGUUUAUUAAACAUACAUAUAUCGUUAUAUGCUCUGGUAUAUUUAAAAACUUUGAGAAAAUAAAAUUUGAAAUUCAAAAUAUUUUAAAAU